AUGCCGAGCGACACGCCCGAGAAGUGCCUGGCCCAGUCACUCCAGGAGAAGCUGACGGCGGAGACAUUGCAUCUCGUGCGCGACGAGAGCCAGCGGGCGAAGUUCUUUAAGUCCAAGGGCGGCGGGGCCCGCCCCGCCCCGCCCGAUGGAUCGGGCAUGCAGAAGAAGUACGCGAAUGGAUCGGGCAUGCAGAAGAAGUACGCGAAGGGCGACGCGCAGGCCAAGGAGAUCGUCGAGAACAAAACGUAUGCCUUCACCAUGCGGUCGGCGCUGGGGCAGCGGUUGAAUCGCGAGCUCCAAAACCCGAAGGUCAAGAAGCAGUUCAACAGCGCCCCCGACGUGGAGGAGUGGAAGAAGCAGUGGGUCGUGAAGCAGUACGCGGACGCCGUCAAGCGCCAGCGGCAGUUCACCACCUCGUUGGGAGAGCUGGAUCAAGAAUGGCAAGAUGGUCGGCUUCCUUCGCAUGUGCUAUGGGACGAGAAGACCAUCAAUGACUGUUACACGGCGUGCACUAGGUGCAUUUCAAUGGGAUACCCGUUCGUUGCCGUCGACGAGCAGAACGGCUCCGUCAAGUUCAUGUGGUUCAGCCAGGAGUACCAGGAGAAGUUCACGCAGCGCUGGUCGGAGACGGAGACCCAGUCGGAGAAGAAGGCGAUCUGCGACAGUGGCAAGGCGGCCGCGAGGAAGACGCCAGUGAUCAAGAACGACGGCGAGGCCGAGGGCCCAGAUGACGAACCCGAAGAAGAAGAUGACGAAGAGGAACCUGCUGGAGGGGGGGGCGCCCCGCCCGCGGGCAGCAAGACUGGCAAGAAGACCGCGAGCGAGGCCACCAAGAGGUUGCAGCAGGCUCGCAGGGUGAUCGUCGGCCUGCAGAGCGUGCUCCAGUCUUCCACGUCGCUCCAGGCCACCAUCGACGAGGACGUGGGCGAGGGCGACCUGGAGUCCAAGGGUGACGACUGGGCCUGGGCGAGGAGUCCGGCCGUCAUCGGCAGGAUCAGGGACGCGCAUGCGAAGAUCGACGCCACGGUGAAGUCCAACAAGCUCUGGAACAAGAUCAUGCGGGGCACCGAGCUGAACACGGCCAAGAAGGGCUUGACCGACAGCGAGAUCGAGGUGCUCUGCGAACCAAAAGCC